AUGUGUUUCAACCUCUUUAAAAACCCAAUAAGAUGUGUUAAAAUUCUUAAUCUCCAUCAACAAUUGGAAAACUCUCUAAAGUCUUUCAAACGCCAACCUCAUUCAGUGGCCUACAAGCGUCCCAUCUCUGUUUCAGAAAACGACAAUCUGAAAGUCUUCAGCUUCACGGAACUGAAGAAAGCAACUAAGAACUUCAGAGAAUGCAGGGUCGUAGAUGGUGACGAUCGCUCUUCUCGAAAGUUCUACAAGGGCUACAUCGAUGAGUAUGUUCCAUCAAGAACUGUAACCGGAAUCACUGUUUCUGUCCUGGAUGUUGGUAGCUCAUUCCCUCUACAAGACCGAGAGAUAAGCAAAGAACAAGUGCAAUCUCUAGGACAAAUUAUUCAUCCCAAUGUGGUCAAAUUUUUGGGUUACUGUUGUGAAGAUGACAAAAUACACUUCUUGGUUUUUGAAUACUUCCACAAAGGAAGCUUGGACCGUCACAUUUAUGGAAAAGAAGAAGAACCACUACCGUGGGAGAUACGGGUUAAGAUAGCCAUUGGAGUAGCUCGAGGUGUUGAAUUUAUCCACUUUAUCAAGAACAAACCGUUAUUUCGAAAACUCAGAAUGUAUAACAUUAUGCAUGAUAGCAAUACAAUGCAAAAUUGUUUUAUCUUGAAUCAAACCAAGAAGAUGCAUGUAGACUCAUUGGAGGACUUGACUACGAACCUCCUGAAUAUGUACAAUGUCGUCUGGAUUUGAAGUCUGACGUUUUCACGCUUGGUGUGAUCUUGCUUGACCUUGUAACUGGUUCUAAAGAUACAAUACGAAAGGAGAGAAGAAAAAGCAUAGCUACCACCAGACCAUCUUUAUUGUGCGAUAAUCAGAAGAUUAGGGAAAUAAUCGAUCCACGACUUAGGAAUGAUUAUCCAGUGAAUGCCGUGAAAGAAAUGGGCAUACUCAUCCAAAGAUGCACCAAGUGGGACAAGAAUGAAUGACCACUGAUGCAGCAAGUCUUGGAUUCUCUAAGUUACAUUGCAGAGUUUAAG